AAAACUCGAGAAGAAGAAGAAGAAAACAGCCCACAAGCAACGCAGGCGCAAUACUGAAAUGAAAGCAUACGCAUCAACAACAACACACUCAGCGUUACUUACCAGUGUGUCAAACUAUUGUCAAUAACCUUGAUGUAAGAAAAAGCUAAUGGGAUAUGCCGAAGAAGAGUACUGUUAUAGCAUAGCUUCGCAGCCAAAAAAGAAACCUGCCUGAAAGGACGUUUUUAAGGUAAAACGGAAGAAGAGAGAGAAGUGAAACCUCUAGCUGGAGCUAAUGUAACACUUUUUUUGGAAGUCGCUACAAACACAGUUCCAGAAUCGAACGCACUUGCUUCCUGUUGUCAGUGUGUGGCCAGUAAACAUCCAGCGAACUUGAUACAAUGUAACAAAACAACGUGGAAGGAUUCUCAGUAACAACAGGAGGUAAACAACCCACCGGUGUGCUUUCUACAUGAGUCUGUUGGCAGUAUGUCGCUGAGUUCAGGCGGUUGGACUCACACCAGUCCCGGCUACACACCGGACCAGUCCGCCGCCGCCGCCGCCGCCGCCGCCCUCCUCCCAGCCAGUCACUAUGGGGCCUCGCAGGCAGCACAACUCGGCUGCCAAACCGUCCUCAUGUCGGUUCGGGUGUCGGUGUGCCAUUCUGGGAUUCGGCCGCUCUGUCUUCCUGGAGCAGGUGAUGAGUCACUGCGCCUUCAGCUCGGCAUGGACCCGGGGAAAUCCGGGGAAUUCCGGCUGUCGCUGCAGGACAGCAGCGGGACUGGCCGGAGUGUGACCAUCGCUGAGUUUGAUUUGAGGACCGUAAACUAUGAGGUGAAGUCACCAAAGUGCCACGAGCUGAGUCUGGCGGCGCCUCCACACGACCGCAUCAGCUUCAACUUCCGCUGUGAGCAGGAGGCCCAGGAAUGGGCUACGGUGGUGAUGUCGUCAUUGAGAGAAGCACACAGAGUUGCCCCUCAAGAUAACGGUCCACAGCGUCCCCUGGAUGGUCUCCAUCUUCAGAACACGUUGGCCUUGCAACGAACAGAGGAAACCUGCAUAGAGCUGACCCGAGCCAUAGAAGCAGGUGACAUGAAGUCUGCUUCGGACUUUGCCGCCACGCUCGCCCGACAACACGCCACACUCAAGAUUCAGCCCUCUGCCGGAGACGAUGAAAACACUGAAAUCAACUUGGUUGUUGCAGUUGAGGAUUCUUCCUCGUCCUGUUGUGUCACUGUGAAAGUUUUCCCACAUAUGACUACCGCCGCACUGAAACAGCAGAUGUUUCUGGAGUACGGCUUUCACCCGCGGGUGCAGCGCUGGGUGAUUGGCCAGUGUCUGUGCACCGACCAGCGCUCUCUGGCCUCGUAUGGGGUUCGUCAGCACGGUGACACGUCCUUCUUGUACCUCCUGUCGGCCCGUCACGCUCGCUUGACCCUCCAAGUCCUCCAGCAGGACCAGGAGAGCGCCCUCCUCCGCAGUCCUCCAUCUCUAUCUCUCCCCGCUCCUCCCACCCUCCCUGCUACCUCUGCAAACGGCCCCUCGUCUCUGGACCGGAGGCCUUACACCACCCUGCCUCCUAGACUCCAUGCCAGCAGCAACACUGGUGGGUCGGAGAGAGGAAACGUCAGUGAGAUCAGAGAUCUCAUCAACCUAGAGAUGCCUCAACUCAAUGAAGCAAUGAGCCCCAACACAGCUUCCUCCCAGGGUUGGUCGUGCCCUUCUUGCACUUAUAUUAACAAACCGACACGGCCGGGCUGUGAGAUCUGCAGCACAAACCGCCCAGAGAGCUACGUCGUCCCGGGGGGAUACAGACCUGACGCACUGGAACUCAGACGGAUCCAGCAGGAGAAGGAGGCCAUCAGACAGUACCAGCAGGCAAGGGAAGAGGAGCGCAGGGAGAAUUUUGCCCGGCUAGUGAUGAUGGACGGCCAGGACCUGCUGCCUAACCCGGAGCCUGUGGACUGUAGGAUCUGCUACGUGGACCUGCGGCCUGGAGAGGGCGUCCUGCUGAGGGAGUGUCUCCACUGUUUCUGCAGAGAGUGCUUAGGUUCAGUCAUCAUGCUGAGCGAGGAGCCGGAGGUGGCCUGUCCCUACAGAGACGACACAUAUUCCUGUGCCUGCUCCCUGCAGGAGAGGGAGAUCAGAGCUUUGGUGCCACCAGAGGAGUACGAGCGCUGGCUGCAGAGAGGCCUGUCGGUGGCAGAGUCUCGAUGUGAGGGCAGCUACCACUGUGCCACCCCAGACUGUCCGGGCUGGUGUGUGUACGAGGACACAGUCAAUGUCUUCCACUGCCCCGUGUGCAGGAAACACAACUGUCUGAUUUGCAAGUCUAUCCAUGAGGGAAUGAACUGUAAGCAAUACCAGGAUGAUCUGGCAGCCCGCGCUAUAAAUGACUCAGCUGCCAGGAGGACAACACAUCUACUAAAGACUCUUGUGCAGUCAGGGGAGGCUAUGCACUGUCCCCAGUGUGGCAUCAUUGUGCAAAAGCGGGAUGGAUGUGAUUGGCUGCGUUGCACCGUCUGUCACACUGAGAUCUGCUGGGUAACCAGAGGACCCCGCUGGGGACCUAGGGGUCCUGGAGACACCAGCGGAGGAUGUCGCUGCAACGUCAACAAUCAGAAAUGCCAUCCCAAAUGCCAAAACUGUCACUGAGAAAAUCUCGAGAGGUCAGAUUGUAGAAGGGAAUGAAAGACUUGAAAUAAACUCUAAAAUAGAGAAAAGAGGAUUAUGGUGAAUAGAAAAAAAUGUAUAUUUAAGUCAAAAACUGCAGGAUUGUUACAUACUGUUAUAACUGGAGACAUUCACAAUUCCCUCUCCGCAAAUUUCUAACCAUCACUUGUUUCUCUUGGCUUUUCAGAGUAUUAACUUUACAAUGAUUGCACUGCAAAUGUAGUAAUACAGGUGUGUUGUUUUCUGUUUUGGUAGUGACAUACCAGGAUGCAUUACAUUAAACUGAAGUGGCCUUAUUCUUGUGCACAAACGCUGUAGCAGGGUGUUAACGAUGACGUUUUCUGGGAAACGUGACAAAAUCCUUGUUGUGUCCUUAAUAUGCAAUUUUUCUGCAUAGAGAUAGAUCAAACAAGUGUAUGGAGUUAUAUUAUAUGUUUUGUGUCUGUGAUGGUCUGACUGCAUGUGUGUCACCAAAGAGGUUUGAAAUGUGUCUGAUUGUUAGGUAUGUUGUUUACCUGACGUUGAGUGGAACCGGGUUGUUUGCUUCCUGUUAAUCACUCACGCGUCUGUAUUUGACAAGCGGUGGAGAGGUCACUGAGACCAGCUGAGUGUUACACGGUGACAUCAUCAAUAACUGGCAGAGUGUAUUGAUUAAUAGUCAAAUGUUAAUUGUAAUACUUGAAUACUUUCUGAGAAGGCACAUGUCAACACAUUUUGUAAACAAGCUCAUAUUAAUAAAAUAUAAUAGGGUGCAUAUGAAUUAAUUUUUUAUUCUAAUGCAUUAAUGGAAAUCAACAAGUAUCACAUUAACCAGGAUAAGAGCAUAUAUACGCUCACCAACUGCACCCACUCACCCACCAGACUAUGACCACGACUACACUACUGCCCCGCACUGACAAGCCACCAAUAAGUCUUCACUGUUACUGGUGUUAAAUAUCAGCUCUGUGUUGCUGAUGUACAGUUGUGCCUUAAUUAUCAAUAAAUAACCUUUAAACUCA